CGCCUGCAUCCGCCCUUCCCAAACCCUAGCAUCUCGAAUCCGCCGGUCGCCAUGGCACCGUUACGGCGCUGGGCAGACCUGCCGGCAGAUCUCCUCUGCCGCAUCGGAGACCGGCUCGACCUCAAGUGGUACGCCAGCGCGCGGGGCGUCUGCACGGCGUGGCGCUGCGCGCUUCCGCCGCCGUCGCCCGCGCUCCUCGUGGUCGCUGACGACGCUCGCUGUUGCCCCUACGCUGCCUCCCUCCCCACGCGGAGGUCAUUCGAGCUCACCGCCAUCGUCUCGGGAAGCCGCUGCAUUGGCUCCAGCAACGGCUGGAUCGCGCUCUCCGUCGUCCUCUUCAACGGCAAGACCGUCUUCGUGCUCCUCAACCCCAUCGCCGCUGUGGAGAUCCUCCUCCCGCCGCUGAUCUACGAGAGUCGCUGGGUUUCCAAGGUCGUCUUCACCCCGAGCCCCGCCAAGGAUGACUUCGCCGCCGCGGCAAUCUGCGAUAUCGACAGGAUCGCGUACGUCACCGCCGGUGCCAGGAGGUGGGCCGUCAUGGACCCCGUCCGCCUCACCUGCGGGGACCAGCUCACCGACGUCGUAUACACCGACAAAGGUAAGGUCUUUUGCCUCACCAAGUGCGGGGACGUGCAUGUGCUCCGUCUUCCUGAGCGCCGGCGCCGGAAGCCUGCCAACGCUGAUGAAGCAGGAUCCUCGGAGCCAGAGUUCUCUGUUCUCCAGUCACCACAACCUAAUGAGCGCACAAUUACAUUCCGCCCACUGCGUUGGCAACAUCAGCGCAAUUUUCGGAUGAUGCGCUAUGAACAGGCCCGGCCAAGAGACCAGGAUCUAACUAUUCCACUGAGGGUGACCUUCUGUGCAGAGACACUCAUCCCAUAUAAGAAAGUUCCACCUGAAUCGCAAGGACCACACCUAAAUGCGCCGGCCACUGUUGAGCCCCUGUUGUCUGAGGCCAACCUCCCGUUCAACCCUGCCACUGUCUUUGCUCCACCUUAUGACACUGUCUCGUCGUUCACUAGUGCGAAGAACUUGGUGUUCUGUGAGGGCAAUCUGUACCAAGUUUGGAGGAACGCAAGCUGCACUGUUACUUUGCAGCUGCCUGCAGGAGGUCAGCAUCGCGUCGCUGAAAAUGAGAUAUUGGUGCUGAGGUAUUAUCCUCGACGGCGGCCUUGCUGGGAUGUGGUGAAGGACCUGGGAGGUCACUCGCUUUUUGUGGGAAGGAACAAUGCGGUGUCGAUGUAUGGAGAGGGUGUGCCAGGACUGAGGGGCAACUGUGUCUACUGGAUUGGUGGGCGUGGUAGGGAUCAAGGCAUGGUUUUUGACAUGGAAUCUGGGAGGUCCACGCCGUGCAGGGUUCCUCCUGUUGGCUUUUUACCUGGGCAUCCGCAUAGCACAAUCUGCUGGUAUUUCUUGAGCGAUGUAAUGAGCAUCAAUAACUGCUACAGCAAUAGUGUCAGCAGCAGCAACAGCAGUGGAGGAAGAAAAAUUUAUCAAACUCGAGCAAGAGCACGAGCAGAUCUUGCACAAGACAUGGAAGAAUGACUGCGUCGCCGAACUUCUCGGCGACAUAAUGAGUACCACCAAGCACCUUGGUGGGAAUUGAGUUAUUGCUUGUGGUCUUGGGAGUUGGAGUUUGAUUUCAAGGCGGAGCAAAAUCUUACAGAGAUGGCUGAGGAACUGCCUCAUCUGUAGCCUGUUUCUUAAAAUAAUGUCCAGUUUCUUUACUUGCCUGUAGCCUCUAUAAGUUUGUAUGCUUAUUCCAUGUAACCAGAUAAUAAUUAUUAUCUUUCUAUACUCAAUUUUCAUGUUGUGUUUAAAUAAUUCAAUGGAUUAUGUAAU